AUGAGAGGGUUCGAGAGGAGAGACGUCCGGCAGUACAACCGGUCCGACGAGCCACGGAUGCGGUGGACGGAGGAGCUGCACCGGCAGUUCAUCGAGGCCGUCGACUGCCUCGGCGGCCAGGACGAGGCAACACCAAAGCGAAUUCUUCAGCUGAUGGGCACAAAGGGGGUCAGCAUAUCUCACAUCAAGAGCCAUCUUCAGAUGUAUAGGUCAAGCUCUAGCAACAACAACAACAACAAUAACCCACCCCACAUGUCAGUGAAUCGUUGCCAUGAUCAUUGCAUCGAUGGCAACAACACAAGAACAGCGUCUUCAGACAGGAUCAACGCUCCCUCUAACGUCAUGUUUCGCCGCGGCCACCGCUCGACGGUGCCGCCGUGCCAAAUAACAUCGAUAGAAGAGGUUUCUAGGAGCUGGGAGGAGAGUAGCAAGCGGCUGCCAUGGAACUCCACCGGCAUGCUAAUUACACCAGAGAAGGCGACCGGUUGGUCACGUCACACCGUUGACAAGAUGCGCCAGAAGAAGCAGCUACCAGCAGCGGGGUGUGACCUAACAUUGUCAAUCGGCCGGUGUGGGGAGUCAGAAGCGACCAGUGACGCUGACAUCUCGAGCACCGCCACUGAGGAGGCCGCCGCGUUGGCAAGGGGUCGAGGUGCCGGUGGCCAGCGUCGCCCUGAGGCCGCCGCUGAUCUGAACCUUGACUUGAACCUCAACAUUGCAGUCUCAUCUUCUCGGCUCUGAUGUGUGAUCCAUGACCCCAUG